AUGGGAAGGGGAAGGGUUCAGCUACGGCAGAUUGAGAACAAGAUAAGGAGACAAGUGACAUUUUCGAAGCGAAGGACCGGUUUGGUGAAGAAAGCUCAAGAGAUCUCAGUGUUAUGUGAUGCUGAUGUUGCUUUAAUUGUCUUCUCCCCCAAAGGCAAGCUCUUCGAGUACUCUGCUGGUUCCAGCAUGGAGAGAAUUCUUGAUCGAUAUGAGAGAUGUUCAUACGCCGGUCAAGAUAUUCCAACACCAAGUUUGGACUCACAGGGUGAGUGUUCAACUGAAUGUUCAAAGCUCUUGAGAAUGAUUGAUGUUAUGCAAAGAAGCUUAAGGCACUUAAAAGGAGAAGAGGUGGAUUCUCUAAGUAUCAGAGAGCUUCAUGCUCUGGAGAUGCAACUUGAUACUUCCCUCAAGAGAACUCGCUCUAGAAAGAACCAGCUCAUGGUAGAGUCCAUAGCACAGCUCCAGAAAAAGGAGAAGGAACUUAAAGAACUGAGGAAACAGCUAGCAAAGAAGAUUGAUCAAAGAGAAGACUCUGAGCCGCAAAACCUCAGCCAAGGCUUAGCCUCAUUGGCAAUACCGCCAUGCGAGCCACCGCACCCGCUGCCCCGACCUACAUCUCCUCCUCCUCCUUUAUCUCUUGGGGGCACAUCACAUAGGAAUGAAGUUGGAGACUUAGAUGCCGGAACCCUCAUUCGGCCGACGAAUACAACGUUGCCGCAUUGGAUGCCCCGGCUCACUGGAGAGUAG